GAGAAUACAGCCUUCAUCUGUUCAGAUCAUUUGCUGUCUGUAAUGCAAAUGCUACCUGCUAUUGUUGAGGAUCUUUUGUUGUCGAAGAAAGGUGUGGAGAUGUUUUUGCCUGGUGGUGAGGCUGUCGUUGUCGUUGCUCCGUUGCAAUUUAUCACUGCUGAUAAUGCGCGUCAUUUGGAGCUUGCCUCUAGUCGCGGUGCCAAGAUGCCAUGCCGAGUGUGUGUGGGAAUUAAAAACCCCAGCUCGACUUGAUAACAGUGAUUAUCGUUGUGACCCUCGCUCUGAAAAUGUGGUUGCAGAUAUGUACGCGCGGUAUUUGGCUUCUGGCGAUUACAAGACUUUGUUGGUUAAUGUCGAUACUGGUUACAGACCUGUUGGUGGUCAGGCUCUGGUAGACCUUCAAUCGUUCGAUACGAUGUUGGAUUGUCCAAUCGAGCUCCUUCAUACAAUAAUGCUUGGUGUUGGCAAAGCCUUGGUAAAAACGUUGUUGCAAGACCAUCUGAAUCCAGCCGAAAAAAAUAUCCUUGAAACAAGAUUGCAUGAAACUCUAUCUUCUUCCGAAAGUUGCUUGCGCUAUUAUGUCGUUAAUCCUCUAUUGCAAGCAUGUAACAGAUAUCUUAAGGAUCUAGGCCAUAAUGUAAACUUUUAUCCAGGUGAAGUAGAACUUAAGGCCAUGACAGUUCAGCUACAAAACCCAGGCAUUACAGAUAAACGUUUUAGAUACAAUGCAGAUGGAACAAUUUUAUGUAAUAGCAGCAUGUAUGGUGAAUAUGGCAGGUGCGGCAAGUGAAAAUGACAAAGCCAAAACUAGCUUCGACCACUACAAAGCGAUGUUUGGUUUGUUGAUGAUGCUUCGUACUCUUGCCAGAAAAUAUAAAUAUGCCAGUUUUGAUAAUUUUAAGAACUUGAAAGUUCAUUUUAUUCACACCCAUAAUCAUGCAAUUCGACAUUGGAGUAUGUUCACCCCUUCCCCCGGAUUGUAUAUUAUGAACAAGGAACAAAAAGCAGAAAUCAUCAAGGAUUUUAGAAGAAAAUCUGAAGGUGUUCUUCCUU